ACCACCGUCCCCCUCAGACGUCACUGAGCAUAGCAUCUUCAAGGUUCAUCCAUGUCGUAGCGUGUGUCAGAAUCUCCGUUUUAAGGCUGAAUAAUGCUCCAUCGUAUAUGGAUACCACAUUUCUGUUUAUCCAUCUGUCUGUCGAUGGACACCUACCUGGGCUGUUUCCACCUUUUGGCCAUUUAUUGCCUGUCAGGGCACCCAACCUUACCAUGCAACGUGCUCAAAUUCAAGUCAACCACCAUUAUGUUGGACUGUGGACUGGACAUGACUUCCACGCUCAAUUUCCUUCCUUUGCCUCUUGUUCAAAGUGCCAGGCUGUCUAAUCUUCCGGGCUGGUCCCUAAAGGAUGGAAAUGUUUUCUUGGACAAGGAGCUCAAGGAGUGCUCGGGUCAUGUAUUUGUGGAUUCUGUGCCUGAAUUCUGCUUACCAGAGACUGAGCUAAUAGAUCUGUCUACGGUAGAUGUGAUCCUCAUCUCUAACUAUCACUGCAUGAUGGCACUGCCCUAUAUCACUGAGCACACCGGUUUCACAGGCACGGUGUACGCCACAGAGCCCACCGUUCAGAUCGGCAGGCUUCUCAUGGAAGAGCUGGUGAAUUUCAUUGAAAGAGUUCCCAAAGCUCAGUCUGCCUCCUUGUGGAAGAACAAGGAUAUUCAGCGGCUGCUGCCGUCGCCUCUCAAGGAUGCAGUGGAAGUGUCCACCUGGAGAAGGUGCUACACAAUGCAAGAGGUGAACUCCGCCCUCAGUAAAAUCCAGCUGGUGGGAUACUCUCAGAAAAUCGAGCUUUUCGGCGCGGUCCAGGUGACCCCUCUGAGCUCCGGCUAUGCCCUCGGGAGCUCCAACUGGAUCAUUCAGUCCCAUUAUGAGAAAGUGUCUUACGUCUCGGGCUCCUCCUUGCUUACCACACAUCCGCAGCCCAUGGACCAAGCAUCUCUCAAAAACAGCGACGUUCUCGUGCUGACGGGCCUCACCCAAAUUCCGACAGCAAACCCGGACGGCAUGGUGGGAGAGUUCUUCAGCAACCUGGCGCUGACAGUCCGGAACGGAGGGAACGUGCUGGUUCCCUGCUACCCCUCUGGGGUGAUCUAUGACCUCCUGGAGUGCCUGUAUCAGUACAUCGACUCGGCGGGCCUCUCCAACAUCCCCUUCUACUUCAUCUCCCCUGUGGCAAACAGUUCACUUGAGUUUUCCCAGAUUUUUGCUGAAUGGCUCUGUCACAACAAACAGACUAAGGUGUAUCUCCCAGAACCACCUUUUCCUCAUGCAGAGCUCAUUCAGACCAACAAACUGAAGCACUACCCCAGCAUCCACGGUGACUUCAGCAACGACUUCAGACAGCCAUGCGUGGUCUUCACUGGGCACCCCUCCCUGCGGUUUGGGGACGUGGUCCAUUUCAUGGAGCUCUGGGGAAAGUCUAGUCUCAACACUGUUAUAUUCACAGAACCUGACUUCUCAUACCUGGAAGCGCUGGCCCCCUACCAGCCCUUGGCCAUGAAAUGCAUUUACUGUCCCAUUGAUACACGGCUGAAUUUCAUCCAAGUGUCAAAGCUGCUCAAAGAAGUGCAGCCCCUGCACGUGGUCUGUCCUGAGCAGUACACGCAGCCACCCCCUGCGCAGCCCCACAGGAUGGACCUGAUGAUCGACUGCCAGCCGCCGCCCAUGUCCUACCGGCGGGCGGAGGUCCUCGCCCUGCCCUUCAAGCGGCGGUAUGAGAAGAUCGAAAUCAUGCCCGAGCUCGCAGACUCGCUGGUGCCCAUGGAGAUGAAGCCUGGCAUUUCCUUGGCAACCGUUUCAGCUGUGCUGCACACUAAAGAUAACAAGCACGUCCUUCAGCCGCUGCCCAGGCCCGCCCAGCCCACGGGCGGUAAGAAGAGGAAGCGGGCGAGCGAGGACGUCCCAGACUGCAAGGUCCCGAAGCCCUUGCUGAGCGGCUCCAUCCCCGUGGAGCAGUUCGUGCAGACCCUGGAGAAGCACGGCUUCAGUGACAUCAAAGUGGAGGACACAGCCAAGGGCCACAUCGUCCUGCUCCAAGAAGCCGAGACACUCAUCCAGAUUGAGGAAGACUCAACCCAUAUCAUUUGUGACAAUGACGAGACACUCAGGGUGCGACUGCGGGACCUUGUCCUCAAAUUCCUACAGAAGUUCUAGAAGGAGCCCCUGAGCCCCUUCCACGUCCCGAGGGCCACCGUCCUUCACACUCGGGCUGCCCAGCUCAGACCACUGCAGAAGGCACACAGGCCAGCCGUGCUUUGCCGAAGGCGGAAAGGCGCGUGAGGGGCGUUACC